UAGAAAAUGUAAUGUAAUUAGAGAAUCGUCAUUGGGCUAAUAGGUCUUUCUCGCUCUGGUUUUCUUGUGCUCAGUGAGAAGAAAAAUUGAACAUCACCAGAAUUAACAAUGAAGAAGAAGAAUAUACAAGAUGAUGUUUGGCAUGAGAUCUUACUUCGUUUUCCUCUUAAUUCAAUUUUCAGAUUCAGAUGUGUAUCUAAGUUAUAACGUUGUUCGAAUACCCAAGUUUGGAGUGGCAGCAAAAGAGUUUGAAGUUGAAUUUUUUUCUUCUGAUUUGGGAGAAUGGUAUAUCUAUGAUGUUUCGUGUCCUCACUAUGUUACCUGGGAUUACAAUAUUUGUGACAAUCUUGUUACCUGUAAUGGUUUUUUGUAUUGGUUUCAGAAGAGAACCAGCAAAAUUUUAGUUGUUUCUGGAACCGGUGGCAAUGAAUGUAGGUUGAUUGAUAUGCCUGAUCAAUCAAUGGAUGGUUGUCACAAGUUUGGAGGUUUAUGUAUCUCGGAGUCGGAAGGGUCGAUCUGUUAUGCUAGCCUCAAGGAAACUGAGAUGAGUCUGAGUGUUUGGGUGCUUGAAGGUGAUGGAGAUUGGUAUAUGUUGCACAAGUCAAGGAUGUUACUUUACAUGAUAUGUUAGCCGAUUUAGAAGUAUCGGUGAUAGGUAAAGCAGGUCCGGCUGCUUUGACUGCAAAAAUUCGGGUUUUAGGUUUCAAUCCAUUUGACAAAAAUGUGGUUAUACUUGGUUACAAGGAGUAUAAUUGGGCCUUUAACACCAGAACCAGGCGAGGGGAACGGUUGUGUUGUCCGUCUUGGUUAGAUCACAUUAAUGCCCGUGGUCCUCAUGUAAGUGUCUCAGCAUUUUCUGUUAAGCCAAGGCUGACCGUAAUUUCUCCAUAAUUUCUCCAGUUUGUAGGCGAGACACAAAAACCAUGGAUGUUCAAAUAUGAGAUAGAUAACGAAGGUGACUAUUGUCGUGUUUCAAGUUGUUUAUGCUUUCUGACUGUUACUCUCUUGAGAUUGAGUUGUGUCAUGAGUACUCUAUUUUAUUGCUAGAUGAAACUGCCUCACUAGUUACAAGUUCAAAAGUAACAGGUAGAUUGUAUUCAUCAUCGCUAUUUAUAGAGUUACCGAAGUAUUGAGAAGACUGAUUGAUUCCAACUGCCAUGAAGUUGCAAAAAGUGAUAAUAGAAGUUCAAAGAAACCAACCUCGGCCAGGGUCUCCAGUGGCGAACAUCACAGCUGCAUCUGCACUCCAACCUAUAUUCUGUGCAUCAGGCACAUCCCAGGGUCUCUGACAGUGGCAUGGCGAAUAUCACAGGUGCAUCUGCAAGCCAACCUGUAUUCUGUGCAUCAGGGAAAUCCCAGGGUCUCUGACAGUGGUGUGGCAAAUAUCACAGGUGUAUCUGCACGUCGACCUAUAUUCUAUGGGUCAGGGAAAUCCUCCCCGCUUUCCUCGGGCAGAGUCAAAGCCAUUGAAGAACUAAGGUCUCUUACUUGCGCAUCACAGCCAAGGAUGUCCCCUUUCCAUGCCAGUCAAUUUAUUUUAUUAUGUUUUGUGGAUCUCAAUGGUCAAUGAUGAAUGAAAUCUGUUGAUUGAGUUAGCUUCC